GGCCGAUCUUCCGCCGGGGUCGCGAAGGGGCGUGCGCGCUCCAAGGCGGCCCACCGCCCACGCCCGCACUUCCUGGUCGGGGCGAGCGCAUCCGCGGCCGGGGUCGCCGCGGGGUCCUGGAGGCCGCGUUCGCCGCCCCCGCCCCGUGUCCCGGGAGCGCGCGGGGCGGGGCGGGGCGGGGCGGCCGUGCUGGCUCCUGCCCCUCCCUCGGCGGUCACCUGGGGCGGAGAGUAGCAGGUGCCCGUGCGGCCACUUCGUCGCUUGUCUGGCGGGGCCCCCAGCGUGUGGGACGCGGACCACGAGCCGGGAGCUGCCGCGCCUCGGGUGGAGGCAGGACCCGGCCCCCGCAUUCCGGAGGCGACCGGGAGGACCGGGCCGCAGGGGGAAAGUCUGGCUGGGAGGAAAUGCUCGCUUCGCUCCACCCGAAUGACUUAGCUUUACUCAUUUGCAUGGAACUUUAGAGGCUACUACUUCUGCAGUACAACACAAAUGGAGUACAUGUGUGGGCAAGCCGCAGCAGAGAAGAGGAAUGCCUCCAAAUUCGCAAACCACUAACUCCUGAGAUUGGGGCCCAAAUGGAUCCUGAGCUUGUGCAUUGGCUCUCUGUAGCUGCUCUGAGGGUUCCCAGGACUUGUGAAGACCUUCUCCAUCUGGCAUUUUGGUAUGCCAGAAACCAAUAGUAAGAUGAUUGAAGGCAGUGAAACUGAAAUAAAGUAGGAAGGUCAUCAGCCGAGAAAGGCCUACGAGAGAAAAAAGCACACAUUGGAAAAUAAAGCAAAGCGGUUUUAUCACAUGUAUUUCACAGCAGGCCUUCUGAAAUUUCACUAUAAAUAUGACUGCUCUUCCUUCAGAGAACUGCUCUUUUCAGUACCAGUUACAUCAAACAAAUCAGCCUCGAGAUGGUAACUGUCUGCUAUUCUUGAUUAUACUUGGAAAAAUAUUAUUAAAUAUCCUCACACUAGGAAUGAGAAGAAAAAACACCUAUCAAAAUUUUAUGGAAUAUUUUUGCAUUUCACUCGCAUUCAUUGAUCUUUUACUUUUGGUAAACAUUUCCAUUAUAUCCUAUUUCAGGGAUUUUGUACUUUUAGGCACUAGGUUUACUAAAUACCACAUCUGCCUGUUUACUCAAAUUAUUUCUUUUACUUAUGGCUUUUUGCAUUAUCCAGUUUUCCUGAUAGCUUGUAUAGAUUAUUACCUGAAUUUCUCUAAAACCACCAAGCUUCCAUUUAAGUGUCAAAAAUUAUUUUAUUUCUUUACAGUGAUUUUAAUUUGGAUUUCAGUCUUUGCUUAUGUUUUGGGAGAUCCAUCCAUCUACCAAAACCAGAAAGCACACAGUGUUUAUUCUUAUCAAUGUCCUUUCUACAUCAGCAUUCAAAGUUACUGGCUGUCCUUUUCCAUGGUGACGAUUUUAUUUAUGGCUUUUAUAACCUCUUGGUCUGAACUUAUUACUUUGGUAAAGGCUAUUAGGAUAACUUCCUAUAUGAAUGAGACUAUCCUGUAUUUUCCCUUUUCAUCCCACUCUGGUUGUACUGUGAGUUCUAAAAAAACACUCUUGCCCAAGCUCAUUAUCUGUUUUCUUGGUACCUGGUUACCAUUUGUACUACUUCAAGUAAUUAUCCUUUUACUUAAAGUACAGAUUCCAGCAUAUAUUGAGAUGAACAUUCCAUGGUUGUACUUUGUCAAUAGUUUUCUCAUUGCUACAGUUUACUGGUUUAAUUGUCACAAGCUUAAUUUAAGAGACAUCUCAUUACUUGUGGAUCCAUUUGUCAACUGGAAAUGCUGCUUCAUUCCACUUGCAAUUCAUAAUCUUGAGCAUAUUGAAAAGCCUAUAUCAAUAAUGAUUUGUUAAUGUGUUGCCAUGUUAAAACUAAUUAAAACUUAAAACUACAAUAAGAGUCAUAAUUUUAUUAACGGGAAAGAAUGGUGACUCAGAACACUUAAAGAGCGAACUUGCACACCUUUUAGGAAUAUGUCUUUUUGGGGCUCUGAUAUUAUUUUUUUAACAAAAUAAUUCCAAGAAAAAUUUUUAUACCUCUUCAGGAAAACUGCCUAUUACAAAUAUUAAUUUAACACAAAGGUGAAGAGUUAACAUUUGAAUAUACUGGUGUUCGUGUUACCCAAAAAACUACUGGAUGCAAACUGUCAUGUAAAUCUGAGAUUCACUGCCAAUGUUAAUAUACAAACUUAAAUAAACAUUUUUGUUAAAUUCAGAGCAAGAAAAUAAUUUUCUUGAAGUGAUAUGGGAUGAAUAUUCUUUAACAUAAGGGAAGAUUAGCUCAAUUUAAAUUUAGCUAAUUUUAAAAUAUAUAUCUCUGUUCUUAAUGCAGAUAUUCCUGGAAGCAAAGUUUUGGGGACUUACCUUACAGAAUUGGGAGUAGUGACUGGGUGUCUUUCCAUGACAUACCAGGUUCAUUUUCAGUUAUAACCUGCAUGUCACUUGCAUGUCAAAUCACAAUUACAUUGGCAAUGUAUCACACCGUAAAAGUGAAGUAGGGUUCUUACCCUCAGCAGUGUUGACAUUUUGGGUUGGAUAAUUCUUGGUUUGGGGAGGCUGCCUUGUGCAUUGUGGGAUGUUUAGCAGAAUCCCUGCCCUCUACCCAUUAGAUGCCAGAAGCCUCCUUCCCCAGUCAGGACAACCAAAAUGUCUCCUGACAUUCCCAAACCUCCCCUGGUAGGCAGAGCUGCCCCCGGCUGAGAGCUACUGGAGAAGAGCAACCUGAAUGGCAGAAAAAUCUGAAGGCAGUUUGUGAAUUACGAUAUAGACAUUGUCUAAUCUGUCAGUGUCUAAACCUGGCUGUCUCUACUUCUGUUACUUUUCUGCUGAAUGUAUUGCUUUCUAAUUGGCCAUAACAUGGGACUAAGAUAAUUUAAAAAUAUAUUGUACUUACACAAUUGAGGGUCACCUAAGUACGUUAAAAAAGCCUAUUUUUAGCAUAUUGUCCUUCUUCCUCUUUUUACCCAAGAUGGAGGCCAAUAAAAACUUUUAUUUUCUCCCUUGGAUCAAAGGGGUAAACAAAAAGAAGGAAACCAGGCGCAAUAUAAGAUAGGAGGAGGUGAAUGCCACUGUCCACACAUAAUCACAGAAAGCUCCCUUCCUCUAUUUGUGCCAAAAACCCCAACAAUCCAGUCGUGGGUCUAAAGAACAUGACACUUCCCAAUCAUCUUCUCCCAGCAUAAACUUCUGCUUUUAAAAAUUGUUAAAAUGCUGUUACAUCCACAAAUCCACCUUAAGUGGUUUUUAAGUUUUUUUCUUUUGACAGGGUGGAGGGGUAUCUGAGUAAGUGUGUUUUAGAAGUUCAAAAUUUCAACCAACACCAUCUCACUUUUCUGAAGAACAGUUCUCAAAGUGUAGUCUGAGGACCUGGGGGUUGGGGGUGGCCUGAGACACUUUCAGGGGCCAUGGAGAUUAGAACUAUUUUCAUAACAAUAUGUUAUUUGCAACAUUUCCACUCUCAUUCUCUUCCAAGUGUACAGGGAAGUUUUCCAGCGGCUGCAUGAUGGAUGUGAGAUAGUAACAUAGUAACAUUGAAUAUACAAGCAGGCAUGAGAAUCUGCCUGUUUUUAUUAAGUCAGACAUUAAAGAGAUUUGCAAAAACUGUAAAACAAUGUCACUCUUCUCACUACAUUUGUUUUGGAAAACUUGUUAUUUUCCAUAAAAAUGUUAACUGUUAAAGAAAAAGAAAAAAUAUAUUGUACUUAAUUAGUAAAGAUUUAUACUCUGCAGAUUUUAAAUCAGGAAAAUUUUAUAACUAUUUCAAGCCCCUUGUUAAGUGUUUUGUUUGUUAACUUAGAGUAUUCCCUCCCCAUGCCUCAUAAGCUUAAAGAAAAAAAGAGAAAUUAUUCAAUAGACCAGCCAAAUGGAAGAGGCUUUUAUUUGUAAAGAAAUGAACUUAACAGCUGGUCUACAAUAUAUUAUUGAAUUAUAAACAAACAAUAUAAAUAAAUGAUCCUGUAGGCCCACUAACUUUCCAUCCAGACCCACAUGAAGCAAUGUUACAACAAUAUUCUAUGUGAAAAUACGCAGGUAACAAAGGUGCAAUUACAAGCAAGUUUAAGCAGCAGAGUAUAAGGUGCUUUAAUUUAACAGUUAAUGUUGCCAUCAACAAACAUUUGAAUGCUUAAUUUUACUUCACUGAAUACAGACACAACAAAUAUGAAAAUCUAAAAUUCAUAUACAUGCUACUUGUUAAUAUGAAAGUGCCUUCUCUUUUUUAAAAAAAUACACCAAAUGGACAAUCUUUUUACAUACAUCAUGGUGUGCUCUUAAUAAUGCAAAAUUAACUUCAUUUUCAGGUUAUACAUUUUAAAACUGUAGCUACAGACACCAAUCUAGGAAUGCUACUAAUGCUAAGAGUGCUAAAACUAUUUAAUUUCCUGUAAGGAGGACUCUAAUACAAUAUCCAAUGCAAAGAGAAUACAUCUAUAUAUAAUCUUAACAUUUGUUUUUUGUAAAGAUAAAAAAUGUUUUUUCCUCUUGGUGAUGCUUUGUUCAUCCUGGGUGGAUCAGCUUUUGAGGUUUUAAAACUACGAAAGUCCUACUUUGGAACAAUGGGAGGAACCAAAAAGAGGAAUUAAAAAAAUCAGGUAACAUGUGCUUGAAGCAUCAAAACUUAAUAUUAAAAAAAAAAAUCACAACAAUUUGCUUUUGUUAAAUCAACAACAAAUUUUUUAACAAGCAAGCAGACAAACAGCACUAAUUCGGCCAAUAGGCCUGAAAUGCCUGCCCCCAGGGUGGGGACCCAUCCUUCAGGGUGCUGUGCUGCCUACAACUCCGCCUCCACCAGUGCACUCCUUACUCUGAGGACAGUUUUUGGAACCUACUUUGACUUUUUUUUUUCCCUAUGAAAAAAACCAAAACGACCAACUUUUUGAAUCAGGUGAUUGGGAAUCUAGUUAAGUGUCUUGGAAGUUAGACAUCCAACAUUAUACCAUCUUUGCACACCCUACUGACUUUUAAAAUUUUAAGAAUACACAUAUAAAAAGUGUUUAUGAAACAUAUACUUUAACAACAUAAAAUGUUUGAAAAAGUGGGUAAAUUAAAACAUUUUAAAAGUAAAUUUUAACCAGGGCCAUGGAAAAAAAUUUUAAACCAAGACCAUCAUAAGAGGUUAAUGUCAGUGUUCCUAUUUUCAAUCAGUGUGUUCUAGAUUCUAAUCUAACCUGUAUUUGGACAUUUUCCUGCUUUACAAAGCUGUAACUGUAAUGCAUAAAAGGUCUUUUUAAUAUUAGAUAUUUUCAUUUUUUAUCUUUAUGGAGAAUGUUAGUAUCGAGCGAUGUUAGUAUGUAAAGCUGCUGUAUCAGUAGGAAUUACAGUGUAAUUCACAGAAUCCUCAAGUGGUAAGGAAUCUCUACCCAAUUAAUAAUCAAUCCAUUCAAUGUUUACUCCUCAAAUACUUAUCAGUUUAAACAUGGAACUGUUUUGUGUUUAGCAGUCCUGCAUUUUAAAGGAAACUCUUAUACUAUGUAACAUAUGUAUGCUUUCUAAAAAGUAGGUACAUGUAAUGUGUAACAACAGUAAAAUUUAUGUACUCUUUCUUGCUUUAAAAACAAACAAAAAAACAAAACAAAAUAAAAAACAAACCUGUUCAGCGACAUCCUUUGAAGUUUUUCAUUUAAAAAAAAUUACUUUACUGUCAAUACUGGGUGUAAAGCUUUUGUAGUUGAAAAUGUAAGUAGGCACCUGCUUCACUUCUUUGUAUUGUUCUUUGUCAUACACCCUGCGUAGCAACACCUCUUGAAUAGAUUCAAGUGUCAUAAUAAUUCUUAGAAAUAUGGGCUGUCACAACAGUCUCAAAAUGUAAAUCCUUAAUGUUAGGUACCCUGAAUUUUGUAACCUAAUCAGGUAUAUGGUAGAUUGAUGUUUAGCGUGUAAAAUGUUAUAUGAAUUGACGUGAUUCACUCAGACCCCUUACAUGUCAUCUAGCCUAAUCCUCCCCCCAAUGCAUAAAACAUUUCCUUUCAGUUCCAACUUUACAUUCAGUAUAUUAAUAAUUAUGUCCAUGUUUGUUUAAACUACAAUCAAAAUUUUGGGAAGAUUUCGUUUACUUAUUACUAGUUCCAUAAGUCAUGUACAUCACACAAUGCACAUAAUAAGUGUUCAAAUAGUUUGAUAAAUGAAUGGAUAAAUGCAUAAUAAUGUUCAUAUGUAUUCAUAUAUCUGGUGGUUAACUAGCAAGAAGCAUUUAGAAAAAUGUCCUCAUUUGCUUGUCUAUGAAUUGUCUACCUUAUUCUUUAGGAGAACAAAGACUGUAAGUGACCCAGGAAAUGAUGCUUAAUAUCUUUUAGCAAAGGCUCUUCAGUAUGAAAUUAACCAUUAAAAAGAAAACGAGAAUUAAGUAGGAACAACUUCAAAACACCCCAUUAUGUGGCCUA